GAAAUGUAACACGAACGCGUCAUCCGUAAGCAUGGCGCCGGCCAGAAAACGCAACGUGAGUUCGGGAAAAUCAACAGAACAAGGUGUAAAAACUGCUAAAAUCGACCUGAACAGCACUGUCGAGCGCAUACUGGAAAGCAGAAAGCAUGCCAACGACGUUUUUGACAUUUUCGAGUUCCUUCAGUCAGAAAAAGAGAAGGAGGUUAUCAGUGCUGUCAAUGCGUGCAGCAAAUUGUUUUGCACGUUGUUGGAAAGGAAAGAACUGUUUGUGGGAAAACUUCCCGGAGAAGAGGAGGCUUUAAGUGGAGAGCACAGUGCUGAGGAGAAGUACCGGAUGUUCAUGCGACAUCGUUACAACAGUUGUGUGGAGAUGCUGCUUGAGCACAUAAGCCAUGAACUGCAUGACGUCAAGGAGAGUGCCCUGUGCUGCCUGAUUAAGUUUGCAACAGCAGAAGGACAGCAUCCUCUUGAGCACUUGGACUGGAGUGAACAUUACAGCUUCCCGAGAGAAAUGAUCCAGGCAGUGGUGGACAAACUUCUGUCUAAAACCACAGACAACGCUUUGCUCAUCUCCAGGUUCCAGGAGUUUCUUGAGAUGGAGGAUUUGCGUUAUUAUGUAAUGAGCUCCGUUCGCGAUCACAUAAGCAAAGUCAUGGACAAAAACAAAGGGGCUGUGCUGCCAGUUUAUCAGAACAAUGUGUUCUUGCUGUUGUCCAACAUCAAUAUGCCAAGAAAGGAGUCAGAGCUCACCAACUUUAUGGUCAAACAAGAAGCCAAGCACGAGGACUGGAAAGCUGCUAAACUGAAUGAACACAAACGUGCCUUUGAGAGGAUGUGGCUCGGCUUUCUCAAGUAUAAGUUGCCAGGCAGCAUGUAUAAAAAGGUCCUGGUGAUCCUCCAUGACUCCAUUUUGCCGUACAUGAGCAAACCCACGCUGAUGAUUGACUUCUUGACUGCUGCUUAUGACGUUGGUGGAGCGAUCAGCCUGCUGGCCCUCAAUGGCCUUUUUGUCCUCAUACAUCAACACAACCUAGAUUAUCCUGAUUUCUACAAGAAGUUGUACAAUCUUCUUGAGCCGUCUGUCUUCCAUGUGAAGUACAGAGCACGUUUUUUCCAUCUAACCAACAUCUUUCUCAGCUCCAGUCACCUGCCGGUUUACCUGGUGGCAGCAUUUGCCAAACGUCUGGCUCGUCUGGCUCUCACAGCGCCACCUACAGCUCUUCUGAUAGUGCUGCCUUUCAUCUAUAACCUGAUCCGUCGCCACCCGUCCUGCAGGGUCCUCAUCCACAGGCCCAGCACAGAAGAUGUGGCAGAGCCUCUUGAGGACCCGUAUCUGAUGGAUGAAGAGGACCCUGCUCAGUGCUGUGCCUUAGAGAGCAGCUUGUGGGAAAUUAAGAUGCUGCAGAAGCAUUACCAUCCAGAUGUGGCCAAAGCUGCAACGUUGAUCAACACGCCGCUGCCACAGCAAGAGGACGACAUCGAUGAGGUGCUGGAGACAACAGCAUUUGAGUUGAUGGAGAGAGACCUGAAGCAUUCUCAGAACAAGAACGUCCCGUUGGAGUUUGAAACGGCCACACAGCUACUGAAAGGAGGCGGAGAUGUGUUGGGGCAACACUUCUGUCUGGUUUAAAACAAGUCUCUCGUAAUUUUUAUAGCAGUUUGGACUUAGCAGGAACAGACACACCUUUCUUAAAAAUCCAUGAUAUGAAAGUCUUUUUGAGACCAGCACCAGCAGCAUCGACAACCUGAGCAACAAGAAGAACAGAAUUUCCUUUUAAUCCUAUUUUCAGAUUUUUCUCUUCUUGUUGUCUUUGAUGUGUGAUCACUGUACAACAAUAAAAACUUUUUACAGAGCUCA